UCAUCGAUAAGUUCUUAGCUUCCCAUCACCCGACCUCUGGACUUUGCAAACCCAAAUUCCGCCUUUGCGGCGAGCAGAUCUAUGUUCAGAAAUUCCUAGCGGCAAGCUCUUGUCGCACAAGACUUCGAACGACGUGGCUUUGUCACGCGCGCUUACUACAAGUCCCAAAACCCCUUCUGCCGUCGCACCCUGCGACACGUCCCGACAGCAUCUGCUCACCUUUCGAUGUUCCUGGCCGUGGCAAACAAUGAACUGAUGGUGCGAAAAGCGAACGAUAACGACGUCUCGCUGGCGUCCGACACCGGGCAGCGAAAAUCCGGGGAUCAUCCGCCCGUGAGAUCUCUUGGUCGAUGCACGAACCUACAUCAGCUCUAGUGCUGCCGACAAAAAGGAGGUUUGGAAAGCUCGCCACGGACCGAUGGUGGCUGUCCCGAAGCCAAUCAUCUGGUUAUUUGUGCGUUGCUUGUGAUGAGGCUGGCGACGGUCAAUUACCACCCUUCCGGGCCGGCAAAACACUCCACCACCCCGGCCGUCAACGAGCGACGAGAGAUAUUUUUGUACUGGGGUGCAUAUGAUUGCCACUCCCAUCGGUUGAUCGUUACAAGCAUCAUGCUGAACCAAUAUUCAUUCCGUGCAUUAGAGCGCAUCGUACACGGCAAACGAACCGAAUCAAUGGGCCACGCUUGUAGCACUACAGAACCGUUUUUUGGCCUUCUGAUGGCCACUGCGUUUUGGCUUCUCGGCCAGGACCACAUGGCGUCCUCUGAAGGCUUCUUCCGAGAUUGGUGACCUCUCCUCGUUGAUCGUAUAAAGUUCAGUGUGGAUCCCCCUUCUAAUUCUCAGGUUGUUUUGACUUCCGACUCAAGUCACAGAACACUUUUUGUUUCAAAUUCACCGUCCCAUCACUCGCUUUGGGCCUUUUCUCAUCACUCUCGUUCUUCUUACACAUUUUCGUAAUAGCCAAGAAUCCCCUCGGCCAAAAUGCGUUUCUCCGUCGCUCUCGCUGUUGCCGCCGCCGGUCUCGUCUCAGCCCAGACCGCAACCACGACUGCUGCCAGCUCCGGCUCGACUUGUGCUGCGCAGAACAUCGUCGACUCUUGCUUGGCCACCACGAAGAUUCCUCUCGAUGCUUGCGCACCCAAUGACUGGCAGUGCAUGUGCGAUGCCCAGACUCAGGUCGUAACUUGCUAUAACAACUGCCCGGGUGACCAGGACAGGUUCGCCGCUGAGCAGCAGCAAACCUCCUGGUGCAACGCGGCCAAGCAGCUCGCACCAUCUUCGUCUUCCAAAGCUUCUACUCUCGCCACGUCCGCCACAUCCGCAGCUUCGGUUAGCAGCAGCACUGCUUCCAGCACCAAAUCCUCCGCGUCCGCAUCUUCCACCUCACUGCAGCAGAACGCAGCUGGCGUCGUUGCUCCGGCUACCGGGCUCCUGGCUGUGGCUCUUAGUUUCUUUGGUCUGAUGUGAGACCGGUAUCGAGGAGGACAGUUUGGAAUGUUUAAUGUGGCAUGGUGUGUCUUGGCAGUUCAUCAACACCUGCGUGGAUAGGUUCGGAGGCGCUAUAGUGUCUAAUAUAUUCCAUUCCACACAUCGAUCGUGUCCAGAUGUUCCAAUCCAAACGUAAUCUCAACAUGAAAAGUGCAGGGAUACCGACAGCCGUGAUAUGUCCGGCAUUUUCAAGAGUCUGCUUGCCUACAAGAGAACCAUUCCAUGGUCAUCAGCAGACUGUCUUCACGGAGCACAUGGUCGAGGAUUGAGAUGUUAUUAACAGGCUCCGAAAGCUGGGUGUGAACUGAUAUCAUGGUGUAGCACAAGCCUUGCUCUCAUGUACCUGCUGCUUGCGAGCGGUAUGCCCAAUGGCUCUGGCUGUCUGCGUGCUCUAC